AUGGGCAGCUUCUUCCACCGCAAUGGUGGCAAUAGCAGCAGGACAGCGGCGGGGAACGGCGGCCAGUGCGCCAACAUCACCUGCUCCCAGGCGCUGGGAAUACCCCGGGUGGCCCUUCUGUUCCUCACAAAGGGCCAGCUGCCACACGAGCCCACCUGGCGCCUGUGGCUGGAGGCGGCGGCGGGCCUGCUGCCUGCCCAGGCACUGCCGGCCGCGCAGGUGGCGGCAUGCGGCUGGGGCGACGCCGCUUGGCAGCGCAUACACUGUGCCUGCUCCGCCGAGCAGCGGCAGGCGGCCGAGCGGCGGCGGCAGCCCUGGCAGCACCUGUUCAACCUGUAUGUGCACCCGCCUCCCUCACCAGCAUUCAAAGGCUUUCCUGAGGGCAGCCUGUUUGAAGGGCGUGCCAUACCGCAGCGUGUGGCCACCAGCUGGGGCCACAUCUCUCUCGUGGAUGCCGCCCGCCUGCUGUUGGGCGAGGCGCUGAGGGAGCCACUCAACCAGAGGUUCCUGCUCAUCAGCGACAGCGGGAUACCUGUGUACAACCCCCUUACGUUCUAUCAGCAGCUCAUGUGGGACCGCCGCUCCCAUCUCGCCACCUGCCACCCCGCCACGCCGCCGUCGUCCUUUUGGAGCAAGAACGACACGGGGCCGCUCAAGCCUGGGAUGUGGCGCAAGAGCUCCCAGUUCUUCAGCCUGACCCGCAGGCACGCCGAGAUGGUGGCGUCGGACUCAACAGUGAUUGAGGCCUUCCGCUCCCGCUCCACCUCUUUCAGGGACUGCCACCUCCUGCCUGACGAGCACUACAUGCCCUCGCUGCUGCUGGCGCUGGGCGAGGCCAACGGCACCCACUGCGAGACCUUUGGCGUGGCCUCCACGUCUUGGAGGGGGCCCAACUAUGCCCACCCGCACAGCUUUGGGCCUGGGGAGGUGACCGAGCAGCUGCUGUGGACGGUCCGCGGCAAGUGCAAUAACAGCCUGGCGGCGGCCCUCGAUGCCCGCCGCAUGUUCCUGCCCUUGGAGCCCGCCCUGGCAGCCGCCAGCCGCGACCAGGCCUGCCGGCAGCUACGCGGGGCGGAUGCCACCGCUGCCGGCAGCCAGACAUACGACCACCCCUUGCUGGGCACCUGCUACCUGACUGCCCGCAAGUUCCCAGCCUCCACGCGGGACGCCGUACUGCGCCUGUUUGUGCGCACCUGCCGCGCAGCCGCCGACGGCAACGCCACGCUGGGCCACGCGGCGGCGCCUGCAGCCCCCGCAGGAGCAGCUGGGGCAGCAGCUGGGGCAGCCGGGGCGGACGGCCCGCUCAUCCUGCUGGUGGGGCGAGCCUGCGAGCUGGCUGCACGGGACCAGCUGGUGCCGGAUUGA